AUCUUUCUACUAGCUUUGUAUUGUUUUGCCUAAAUAAUAAUUACAAACUCAUGAAAUUCUUUCUAUACAUACUCAGAACUUCACUUCCCCAAGUUUGUAUACUCUGCAGAUUUCUUUACUCGGUGGGUGUACUGCUUUUGAAAGUGAAAUUUCAAUUUUUUGCCUCAUCCCUAAAUGAAGUCCUGGAUUUUAGUACUUUUCAUGGUGAAAAUAGAAGAAAAUAUUUUAUGUGAUGUUCUUUUAAGAUAAGCAACUUAUAUAAAGAGGCCAAUUAACAUUAGCAAAGUUCAGUGGAAAAUGGAGUCAACAGUGAUUUUUAUAAAUCAGAAUGAGGAAUAUUCAGGUAUUUCUUUUCCUUGAUGUUAUUUUUAUAUCAGUCUUUAAAUACCCUUGGGAAACAUCUCUCUCUUCCGCUCCCCCCCACCCCUCAUAGUGAUCUUCAAUUCAUUAUAUAUAAAAGGAAAUGUUUGGACUAAAAUCACUAGAUGGUCUUCAAUAUACCUUCAAAUUCUAACAUUUAGAGAGUGUAUAGUUUCUCAAUUUCCCGGAAUUCAGGAUUUGAUAAGAUUUUUUUCUCCAAAUGUGGUACUAAUUCAGCUAAGAGAUCUGAAAGAGAUUUUAAAAGGUGGAGUUUAUGAUUAAGGACUCAUGGUGGCGCUGCAGGCUCAGAAGACAAAUUCCACUACCCAGAGAAAACAGAACCUGCAAGAACAGUCAGAAAGAGAAGGCUUUCUCAGGCGUUUCUCAGACUUGGAGCUACCAAUAAGGACGAGCAGAGAAUAGAAAUAACUAGCUCAGAAUUACUUCAGACAAGAAGAAAGAAUUCAUUUAUAGGGAAUAUAAUAAGUAUUUUUUUCACCCGGAUACAGCAAUGGCGACUACUGCAGGACAAGUGCAAUGGAACAGGCAAGUAAUAUUCUUUAUUGUAAUUUUACUGUCGUCUAAGGCAGCUUCAGAGCCUGGGCGGUUUUCUGUGGCAGAGGAGAUGGAGAGCGGCUCUUUUGUGGCCAAUGUGGUGAAAGCUCUGGGACUGGAAGUGGGGGAGUUGCAUGCGCGGGGUUCCCGGGUAACCUCUAACCAUAACAAACAGUUUUUGCAAUUGGAUUCGAAGACGGGCGAUUUAUAUCUAAAAAAGAAACUGGACCGGGAAGAGAUAUGCGGCCCUACCGAACCCUGUGUAUUGCCUUUCCAAAUCUUACUAGAAAACCCUUUGCAAUUCUUCCCGAUCGAACUCGAAGUGAAAGAUAUAAAUGAUAAUUCACCCACUUUCUCGGACCCAGACAUAGUCUUGAGAAUAUCAGAAAGCACUACCUCAGGGACUCCUUUCCCUUUAAAACUCGCUCAGGAUUUGGAUGUUGGUAUUAACAGCCUUCAAAACUACACCAUCAGCCAUAACUCGCAUUUUUUCCUUCACACUCACAUCCGCAGCGAUGGCAGAAAAAUUCCGGAGCUAGUCUUGGCUAAAGCUCUGGAUCGUGAGGAGCAAUCAGAGUUCACACUAAUCCUCACAGCUAUGGAUGGUGGGUCCCCCCAGAGGUCUGGGACAGCCCGAGUGCGGGUCACCGUUGUGGAUGUUAAUGACAACGCGCCUGUGUUUGUUCAGUCGAGGUAUCAAGUGCAGAUUCCAGAGAACAGCCCCAUUGAUUCACUAGUAGUGACUGUUUCUGCUCGAGAUUUAGAUGCUGGAAUCAAUGGGGAUGUCGUUUAUACUUUAUUCCAAGCUUCGUAUGAAGUCAGUCAAACAUUUGGAGUCGAUCCCAGCUCAGGAGAGAUUCGACUGAAAAAACAAGUGGAUUUUGAGUCAAUUGAGAAAUAUGAGGUUGAUAUUGAAGCCACAGACGUUGGGGCUCUUUCAGGAAAAUGCACUGUUUUGGUCCAAGUGAUGGAUGUGAACGACAAUUUCCCAGAACUGACUAUGUUGUCACUAACGAACCCUAUUCCAGAGAACAUUCCUGAAAGUGUGGUCGCUGUUUUUAGCAUCAGAGAUCGUGACUCUGGGGAAAAUGGAAGGAUGAUUUGUUCCAUUCAAGAGGAUCUUCCUUUCUCCUUGAAGUCUCACUUGGAGAACUUCUAUUCAAUAAUAACAGAGGGAGCUCUAGAUAGAGAGAGCAAGGCCGAGUACAACAUCACCAUUACUGUCAUAGAUUUGGGGUUCCCAAGACUGAAAACUGAGCACAACAUCGCAGUGUUUAUUUCUGAUAUCAAUGACAACCCUCCAGUAUUUAUUCAGACAAUGUACACUUUGUACCUCAGGGAGAACAACAGCCCCGCUCUCCAUAUUGGUAGCAUCAGUGCCAGAGAUAGUGAUUCAGGGAUCAAUGCCAAAGUGACUUACUCCCUGCAACCUCCAGAGACUGGAGAUCUUCCCCUCUUCUCUUACAUAUCUAUAAAUUCAGACAAUGGGUAUCUCUAUGCCCUGAGAUCUCUUGAUUAUGAAGCCAUCCAAACUUUCCAGUUCACUGUGACGGCAACUGAUGGAGGCUCCCCGGCUUUGAGCAGCCAGGCUCUCGUUCAGAUUAUAGUUCAGGAUGAGAAUGAUAACUCUCCCCUUGUGCUGUACCCCCUGCAGAAUGGCACAGCUCCCUGCAAUGACCUGGUGCCUAAGACAGCAGAGCCCAAUUAUCUGGUCACAAAGGUGGUGGCUGUGGAUCAGGACUCAGGACAGAAUUCCUGGCUUUCCUACCAGCUGCUCAAGGCCACAGACCCAGACCUCUUUAUUUUGUUGGCCCACAAUGGGGAAGUGCGAACUGCACGGCCCAUCAGAGACAGAGAUAUGAUCAAACAGAGACUUUUGGUGCUAGUGAAGGACAAUGGGGAACCACCUCUAUCCACAAUGGCUACACUGAAUGUGCUUUUAGUAGAUGGAUUCUCUGAGCCUUUUGUAAAGCUUCCAGAUGAGCCCAAAGAUGAGCCCCAGAAUGAUUCCCUCACAAUCUACUUGAUCAUUUCUUUGGUUUCUGUCUCCUUCCUCUUCUUAGUCUCUGUCAUCCUGUUCAUUUCCAUAAGGCUAUGGAAGAAAAGAAAUUCAGUACAAGGUGAUCGUUUAGGACCCAAUUGCCGAUUUUCAGGGCACUUGAUGGAUGUCAAUGACACUGGGAUCCUAUCCCAGAGUCACCAAUAUGAAGUGUGUUUGACCACUGGCUCUGGGAACACUGAUUUCAACUAUCUGAGGCCAAUUAUUCAGAGUUUCCCUCCUCCAGUCUCUGACAGGAAAUCUGAUAAAGAUCAAGUAGUCCAAAGUACCCUACAUGCUUGAUUAUAUAUAAGAAUUCUUCAACUUAUAUUUAACAUGUAAAUUGUGUAAAAUUUAAGUAUUUCUGUGACUAGCUGCUUAGAUACUGAAAUUUCCUAGAUCUGUGGUCUUUACACAUGCGCUCAACAAUUUGAUUCCUAAUAAUACUGGAUCCACAUCAUAGACAGAAAAACUUUUUACUGGUGAUUUUCCUUAACAGAAAUUUUAGCUAGCUAUUAAGUUGAAUAUAUAGUAUUCUUACAUUUAUGUCAUCUGCCUGUUAAUGUUGACUUUUUAAAUUCUAUUAAACUUUUAAAUAAUAAAAUGGAAAGUUGAAUUAUCUUCCCUCUUAACUUUUUUUAAUUAGAUAUUUUGGGGGGUUAAUUUCGGUUUUAGAAUUUUUGUAUACUUUCCCCCAAUAUCUGUAUGUUUACCUUAUACUUCAUAGGUUUGUGAAGUUAGUACCCUUGCAGAGGUUUACUUCUAUAAUAGGCUAAUUGAUUUUAGAAGUGAGUUGCCUGAUUAAAAUAAUAGAUGAAUUUCAUUAAUUUAGUACUUCCUUCUGAAAAUGGUAUCAAUCACAGGAAAGAUUUGUUCUUUACUAUAUUUGGGAACUCUAAGAACCUUACUCCAAAAAAAGCAGUAUGUAUAAAUGAUAACCCAUCUAGGCUCAAAAAGAUGAAGAGAUUUGCUCAUGGUUGCCAAAAUUAGUUAACGUCAAAUGCAGGAUUUAAAUCUAGCUCUUCCUGAGUCUUUAUCUAGUAUUUUACCCACAAUGCUAUGAUGACUGUUCUUUCAGAAUAUCUCUCAGAAAUGAUUAUUGUUCUCGAAAAUGAGUUACCUGCCAUUAUAAUUUUUUUGUAUUUAAGUUUCAGAAAUUGAAAGAGAAGUUUGCAAUUAAAUGGCCUUGUAAGAGGAAUAUCUGUUAUGGAACUAAAACUGGUUGUAGCAUAGCAAGAGUGGGGAAAAUAGGAGCUUGUAGUGACUUGGAUUAAUGGAGAUCCAUUGCUAUUUCAACUGAGUCCUUCUUUGACCUGAAAUUAGUUGUAUAAAAACUUGAUAUAUCUUUAAGCUUUCUCUGGUCUUAGUUUCACAAUCUAUAAUA